AUGGCCACCAAUCUGUGGAACAACCUACUAGAAACCAAUGCGGAUUUGAGUGCUGGAUCAAAAACUGAAACGGCGGUGGUCAUUUCGGCAGAGUCGCAGGGUGUACUACAGGAUUUUCUUGUACGAGUGUUAGAAGUUCCUGAUGCCAACGCAAGCCUUUCCUCUAUAGGCUAUUACUGCAAAGACUACGGGCUGGACAGUGGCAGACCGAACGACACGGUGCUUCACAUAUACACACUUGGGUGGCCUGUAACGCCUAUGAACUUGGAUCUUCUUUCCAUAUUCGUAAAGCCCGGAGCUCGCAGUAUCAAGUGGGUGUUUCUACUGGAUUGGCUUGAUGGCAACAAAAAGCUCUGGCUACGGAGUCUGCAAGAGGGCUUCGAACUUGUGAAUAAAAAGCUGCAGAGAGAUCCUUGCGAGAUAGACGAUAGCUCGAUUGUGUGCAUGCAAUCUCAAUGUUGUAAGAAUUUGGAAGUUGCAACAGCAGCUUGGAGUUCCUUGAAAAUGGAGUUUAUAAACCAGGCGCUGAGAUCAGUGGCUUUUCUUAAACACGCCUCUCUUCUUGCGCUCGAAACGUAUACAAGCAAGAAAGAUAUUAUAGAGAUCGGCAAGGUCGCGACGGGACAGAAUACUUCGAAAGCGCCAGAGUAUAUUCAGCUCAACAAGCUUUUCAUACCCAAGAACUCUGAUUCUGAGGGCAAAAUCAAGACUAUGGGCGAGAAAUUUCCCGUUCACAUGGUUCUCGAGGAAUCGUUCAUAAGUGGCCAAUUCGAACGGCUCAUCCCUGGCGAACCAAAUUCUGAGCCCAUUACAGAUCCAGGGUCGCCAAGAAAGGUUGUUCAACUUGAAGAAGUUGAUAUCCAGAAGGAACUUACAGAGGCAUAUAACUUGCAAAAGGCUUCUUUGUUGGAGAACAAGACAACCUCACCUGCUUCACAAAUCGAGCCACUAAACAAUAGUGAUCUGGCUGGCCCUUGA